AUGCUACGGCAGAAACGGAUGCUGCAGCGGAAGCAACAGAGGCUGCAACAGCAGCAGCAGAUGCCGCAGCAGCAGCAACAGAUGCAGCAGCAGCAGCAGCAGAUACUGCAGCAGCAGCAGCAGAUGCAGCAGCAGCAGCAGCAGCAGCAGAUGUUACAACAGCAGCAACAGAUGCAGCAGCAGCAGCAGCAGAAGAAGAAGAAGCAUCAUCAUCAUCUUUUGCUGCUGAAUGCAUGCGUUCUCUUGUUUUUCUUCGUGGUUGUUAUAUAG